AUGAUGGCAGGUCUUCAAGCGGCCAAAAAAGACCUUCGCAAGCGAAUCCGCGAUGUCCUGCAGACCAUCCCCGCGGAUUCCAUCGCUCAUCAAUCCAGAGCUGCCACCAGUAAACUGUUCUCGCUGGAGGAGUACCGGACUGCGCGGCGCAUAGGAGUCUAUCUCUCCAUGCCGACGGGGGAGCUGUCCACCACGGCCAUCGUGCAAGAUGCGCUGGCAGCGGGCAAAGAGGUGUUUGUGCCUUACAUCCACACCCUGGAGUCGCCGGCGACGCAACAGAAGACUUCCGUAAUGGACAUGUUAGCUCUAGAGUCGAUGGAUGAGUUCACGUCUCUGGCUCCCGACCGAUGGGGGAUCCCGUCGCUCGCCAAAGAGCAAGUAGCUACGAAGAGGAACUGCCUCGGAGGAAUUGGCAUCUCCCCCGCAGUCUCACGGGCGUCGGAGGGCGAGUACGGGCUGGACCUGAUCGUAAUGCCCGGAAUGGCGUUCGAUGCAGGAUUCCGGCGUCUAGGCCAUGGGAAAGGAUAUUAUGAUCAUUUUUUGACUAGGUAUUUGAAAGAAGCUGAGAGCAAGACCACGACGCCAAAGAUGCCUCUACUCGUUGCCCUCUCUCUCAAGGAGCAAAUGAUGUCCGCGACCGAAGAAAUCCCCGUGGCAAGUCACGACUGGCUAGUAGAUGUCCUCAUCGUGGGCAAUGACCGGUGCGCCUACCGCCAGGGCUGA